CUUUCUGAAUAUGGAUUAGACAACAUGAAUGAGGAACUUGAUUCUGAGUUUCAACGGACCAAGGAUAUUGUAGAUGCUUUGGAUGCUCCUAUUCCCGAAGAAUGUUUACAUUGUCGAGGGCAGUUAAAUUCUGCACAACAAGCUGCAUUUGAUGAUAUCAUGCAGCAUGUUCAUGAAAAUAAGCCAGGAGCUUUUUUCAUCGAUGGGCCUGGUGGGACUGGUAAAACCCUUCUGUAUAACGCUUUGUACGCAGAGAUUCGUCUUAUGCAAAAUAUUGUUUUGCCAACCGCUACAUCUGGAAUUGCAGCAGCCAACAUCCCCUCAGGUCGCACAGCACACUCUAGGUUCAAAAUCCCAAUUGAUUCAGAAGCAUCACUAGCAUGUUCAGUGCCAAAACAAGGUAGUUUGGCUGCGUUAUUGAGAGAAACAACUUCGAUUAUUUGGGAUGAAGCUUCGAUGGCAAAAAAAGAAAAUAUCGAAUCAUUGGAUUUGUUGCUGCAGGAUUUAUGUGAGUGUAAGUCUUUGUUUGGUGGCAAACUUGUGGUAUUUGGUGGUGACUUUAGGCAGGUUUUGCCAAUAGUACCACGGAAGACACAGCGAGAGGCAGUUGAAACGAGCAUUGUUAGUUCAUAUCUAUGGCCUAAGCUUAAGAAGUUUAGGCUAACGGAAAACAUCAGAGCUAGAGAGGAUCCUGAUUAUUGUUCUUUCUUGUUGGCUCUGGGAAAUGGUGAGUUACAACAAGCAGAAGUAGGUUAUGUGCCAUUGCCUCAGGAAAUUGUGCGGACUAUAUCUGUAAAUGGUGAUCCUGUGAAAGAACUUAUAACUAGCACAUUUCCAGAAAUCGGCAGUAAGAGUUUUACCACGGAAAUUUUUACUGAGCGUGCUAUUCUUACUCCUACAAAUGAUGAUGUUGAUUCUAUUAACACGUUUUUGAUUAACUCUUUUCCUGGUAGUCCUUUUGUGUACAAAAGUUUUGACACCAUUUUGGAUGACAUGUGCACUGUUUAUCCUACUGAAUUUCUUAAUAAGCUGUGCCCUGGAGGAAUGAGUCCUCAUGAGCUUGUUCUUAAGAAAAAUUGUCCUGUGAUUUUGCUUAGAAACAUUUUGCCAUCUUCAGGUUUAUGCAAUGGUACAAGACUCAUUUGCAUGAUCUUUUAUCGAAAUGUCAUUGAGUGUCAAAUAGCUGUUGGUCAUUAUAAAGGGAAGACUCAUUUUAUACAUAGAGUUAAUCUGAGGCCCUCGAAUUCAGCAGGAUAUCCUUUCCAAUUUGAGCGAAAACAGUUCCCUUUAAAGCUUAGUUUUGCUAUGACAAUUAACAAGUCACAAGGUCAGACUCUUAGUCAAGUAAGUGUGCAUCUUCAGCGACCUUGUUUUUCUCAUGGACAACUUUAUGUGGCUUUGUCUCGUGCAAAAAAGGCAAGCAAAGAGUCUUACAGAGAUGGAGCCUCCAUGUAUGUGUUUGGAAGAGUUAACUCCAGAAACUAAAUUCUACAAGAUAAAUGUGAUAGUAGCUCAUAAAGGGAGGCCUCAAGUGGAUCGGAAAAAAAGAAUUGUGUUCCAAAAUUUUAUUUUGGAGGAUGCUAAG